CAUUUCGCGUUGCUAGAAGUCGUUACUGUUAAUAAUGUUUUCACUAGUGAUGCCACAUAAAAUUAGAAUGUCCAAUGGCAAGUUUUGGUCGUGGUUCUACUAAGCCAGAUAUUCCGUUUGUGUUUUUACCGCUGAAAGGGCAGAUAAUAUACCCUUCGAAGGAGAUCAUUUUCACAGAUGUGGAGGAUUCUGUAUGUGCUGUAACGAGUGCGCAGUACUUGUCCGUGUCGGGUUGGGUCACGCUCAGGGACCUGCUGGACAAUGACGUGCCCUUCGGACUCUACAGGGACGAAGGAAGCACGUACUUACAGUGGCGAGGAUCUGCUGCUCUUCACUCUCGUCUAGAAGGUCGGUUGGUGGCAGCCCAUGUACUUUGCUCUGCCCCUCCACCAUCUCGUCUUGCAACGUCGUGUGCUGUGUUUCGAAUAGCUGGUGCCACACAUAAUUCGUUACUGGAUGUAAAGUCUAUACCAUUUCAUGCUGGUGAAACUAUAUCCAAUGGGCCUCACGCUCAAAGUCGAGGUCUCAGCGUUCUGGAAUCACUAGCAAUAGGAGUGUGUGUGUUCAUACUUGUAUUCAUAUACGCCGCCGGGAUUAUGUUCUACAUACAUUACAAGCAGAAACAGAAACAUAACAAUAAAGAUCCAGAAAAUCAUUCAAAUACUAGUGAUAAUGGUUCUACUUUAGAUUCUAGAAUUAAUAUCGAUGUGAGAAUGAAAACCAAUCCACUGAUGAAAAUAGAAAAUAUGCGAAAUGAAUAUAGUGAUCCAGGUCUUUCUGAUGUCAGUGAACUAACAGAAGAUACUAUUGAAUCAGUACCAAAAAACAAUCAAAAGGAAAGAACUUCUAAUACUACAUCUGCAAUUGUGCAUUCUAAAAGAAAGAAACCAUGUAGAACAUCAGUACGAGCUAGUUCUACUCCAGAAAGAUUAACGGAUCGUCUACAAAGGCGUUCUGCUUCUCCGGAAAUGGAGAGAGCCCCGCAUUCUGAUCUAUCAAUAUUACAUUGUAGUAUAGACAAUAAUGCUGUUGAUAAUAUUCCAAGUACACCUGAUGGAGAACCAGUAGUGAGAAGAAAGCUUUACUUUAAUCCAGUAUUUUUUGAGACUGAACACUUAAAGAACCCUCCACCAGCGGCAAUUGAAUUUCUCAGCAAGUUACGGGAAGUUAUGACUAUUGCUAAGGAUAAGAUGACGUCUAAAAGAUUUAUACCAAAUCUUUCCGAUAUACCUGAAGAAGAAUCUUAUCAUACCAUAGACUUAGGUUGGGAUAUUCCAUGUGCCAGACAAGGUCGUAGAUUUAGUGCUAUUAGUCUUAAAAGAGAAAAUAGUAGACGGGCUAUACAUUGUGGAGGGUGCCCUGGUUGUGAUAAUACUGUACGUGGGCAAAAGGCAUUAGGUUUGAACAGAUCAAAUUCGUGUAAAACAUGUGUCAGCGAUGAUUACAAACAAAAAAUUGUUCAAAAGUGGCUAGAUGAUGUACCGUUACCUUCGGUUAAUAUGUCAAAAGCAAAAAAAUCGAUAGCCAAGGUAAGCGGUACACCGAGAGUUGUAGAAACAAAAGAAAAAGAUGACACUCGACUAAAUCCAGCUGAACCAUUGCGCGAUGAUGAGACAGAAACACUUGUCAUUAGCGAGUCUAUUCUCAAGGAGAUAAUCUAUGAUUCACAUGUUAAAAGUAAUGAAAUAGAAAUAUUAGAUAAAAGUGGUGUAACUCAGAAUGCAAACAAUUCAGUUAAAAAUAAACGAAGUCCAUCAAAUCAUGCAACUCGACGUGUUCGUAAGAAGUUACCACCUCCGCCACCUCCUCCCUCUGCAGUUCUAGAUGAAAAUAGAGAUAAUAAAUUGGAACCUGUUUUGCCUGAAGUAAAGAUGAAAAUGGAAGCGGUUAUACGUGAGUUAAAUAAAUGUCAGCGAACAGAUUCAGAUAUCAAAGAGCUUCCUAAAAUUAUUAUACCAAUAGUAGAAGCUGAUCACAAUUUCAAUGGCAACUUAUCUUCUGAGCCUAAUAAAAAAGAGUUUUAUUUACAAAGACCUACAGAUGUUGACUCCGAUAGCUUAGAAAGAGGUCAGAACCUAAAAAGAAGAUUUUCUUUAGAUUUUGAUUCCGAAUAUUUUCAAAAUGAAGGAGUGUCCUAUCAACAGCAGUUACAAAUGUCUAGAGAACGGCUUUCACAAAGUUGGCGUGAUCUAAAACAAGCAAUAGAUAGCAAUUUUUCUUCUUUGCAACCUACCGUAAAUGAAUCGAACAGGUUUAUUUAUUCUAGAGAUAUAUUUGCACACAACAAUGAACCCAUUUAUAAUAAUAUAUCAAGACCAGGACCCUUAACUAUUGAAGUGCGUGGAUCACCCGUAGACAAUAGAAAAAAGGAAAGUGAAGAUUUUGAUCCAGAUACGCUGGAUCGAAAGCCUAAAAAACAUGUUGAUAAGAACGAAAAUGAAAACAAAAAAUGUGUUGAAAAAAUUUUACUAAAAUCUGGUGGAAGCUUUAAGAACAAACUUUCAUCGCCAAAUAAUAAACCACCGAGUCCUGAAGAGGCAGGAUUUACCAGGAAAAUAGGUAGCUUGAGACAAAUAUACGAAGCUAAAACUAGGGCACAGGAUUCUCAGUUCGGCUCGUUUUACGAAAGGCGUGGAAGUAUUCAAUAUGAUAAAAAGUCAGAGUUUGUACGAAACGUACAAAGUUCAGAUAAAUCAAAGUCAUCCAUUCCACCGAAGCAAAAAUAUAACCGCGAAAGUCCACCCAAAGAUCCAAAAAGCGAAUGUCAAAGAUCUGAAGAAAAAGAUAUAUUUCCUACAUAUUCUAAAAAUGAAAAUCUGAAUGCUCGAAGAUCAGGUCGCCGCUCAGCUAGGACGAGAUCAAGAAAAAUAGACUUGAAGAAAUUGCCAAAAACAGAAGACUCAGGUUAUUUGAGCACUGAUUCUAAUGAAUCUAAGCGUCGAGCUAAAUAUUUGUUGCAGUUGAAACCAAAAGUGCAAACUCCACAACUCAGUAAGCCUGUACCAGUAUUAAAUAAGGGUCUUCAGAUAGAAUCGGAUACGGAUGAGUUGGAGUCUCUUUGUGACGGUCGAAGUGAGUCGGGUGGUGAGAGCGUUGAAACGGACUCUGUUUUCUUUGGAAACAUUGACUCAAAGAGAAUAUAUGAAGAGUUGGGUUUAAACGGCAAUCGCAGUAAAAGGAACCGUAUCCAGGAACAAAGAGAUUCUGGAUUUGCGGGAGAGACUAUUAUUUUGAGCGGUGAUAGUGAUUCGGAACAUAAAAGUGUUAUUUCAAUUGUGACUGGGAGGGACGGUCGCACUUCUGCCAAAUCUAUUUCUAAUUUAAAUGAUCCGCCAUACGUUCAUUCUGUAGAAUGUUGAAUUGUUGUAAAUAUAUCGUAGUAGAGUGAAUACUGAAUCUAAAUUAGUUUAAAAUGUAAAUAUUUCGCACCUCAUAGUUAAAUUAACGUAGACUUAAGCCACCGAAUUUACCUCAUAAGUACUGUACGGGAUUAUUAAUUUUUAAUAAAUUUAAUUUGACAAAUUAUUUCUGUAGAUUUAAUGAGUGUGUAUAUGCCGAUAUAAACGAAUGAAUGAACUGUAAAUUAUUUAUGACCGGCCGGUUGUGCAAUUUUUGUACUUUUUAAUGUUUUAUUUUAAAUCAGGGAUGGACUAAGGUUUAUAAUGAUAAGACUUGUAUGUAUAUAACAUAUAUAUUAAAUAUAAGAGUAAAUUAAGUAUUCAAUAGCUUAGAUUUUAAGUGCUGUGUAGUGUUUAUGUAAAUACAUUGAAAAAUACUUUUA